AUGUCGAUUGAGAUUCAAAAGCGGAUCAAGGACAAUGCCACCAGCGUCUCGGACUUCUUUUCGGACCUCUACAAGUGGACGGAGGAUCAGGAGAAGGAGGAGCGCCGCAGACAGAUCCGGAAGACUGCGCAGCAGGCCGGAGUCAAUGAAGCCCAAAAGCUCCUGGUGGCAAAGCCCGCAGAGAGCACACCGGCUGUAAAGGUGGAUGACGAGGUGCAAGAUGACAGGUCGGAUGCCAUCCGCAGGGACAGGAACCCCAUGGCGCAGUACUACAAUGACUGGGAUCAGUACGACCCAGAUGCCGAAGUCGACAAGAUCGAAGAUGAGGCCUUUCAGCAGCAGCGUGCCGAACGAGAAGCCCGCCAGGCUGAGAAGGAUCGGAUCUUGGAUGAGAUGGCCCUCAAGCCCAACGGCGACCGGACCCGCACCACCACCGCGCGGCCGCGGGUGAAGAUCUCCGUGCGGCGGAGCGGGCGGAGGGUGGCGCCGGUGGACCUGGCCGCCCCGCGGAAGGACGAGGCGAAUCGCCUCUUUGGUGCCGGCCGCUAUCGCGAGGCCAUCGCUGCCUACACCGCCGCGCUGGACUGUCUCGAGAAGUACGAACCUCCCGAGGACGUCGAGCACCGCGGGGUCCGGUGGACAUCAUCGAAGCAUCGCAUCGAAGCACCUGACCAAACGACCUCGCUAGUAGCAGUGGAUGUGGAGCCUGACCCUUAG